UAAACAUGAACUGGCCACAUUCCUGCAUUUCCUUUUGUUGGAUUUACUUUGCUGCCUCCAGACUGAAAGCUGUCGAGACGGCAGAUGGGAAAUACGCUCAGAAGUUGUUUAAUGAUCUGUUCGAAGAUUACUCCAAUGCCCUCCGUCCAGUGGAAGACACAGAUGAAGUCUUGAAUGUCACGCUGCAGAUUACACUUUCUCAGAUAAAAGACAUGGAUGAAAGAAAUCAAAUUCUGACUGCGUACCUGUGGAUCCGCCAAAUCUGGCACGAUGCAUAUCUCCAGUGGGACCGAGACCAGUAUGAUGGGCUGGACUCCAUCAGGAUCCCCAGCGAUCUGGUGUGGAGGCCAGACAUUGUCUUGUAUAACAAGGCAGAUGAUGAGUCUUCAGAGCCAGUGAACACCAAUGUGGUCCUGCGGUACGACGGGCUGAUCACCUGGGACUCGCCAGCCAUCACCAAGAGCUCCUGUGUGGUGGAUGUCACCUACUUCCCCUUUGAUAAGCAGCAGUGCAACUUGACUUUUGGUUCCUGGACCUACAAUGGCAAUCAGGUGGACAUAUUCAAUGCUCUGGACAGCGGCGAUCUCUCUGACUUCAUUGAAGACGUGGAAUGGGAGGUGCACGGCAUGCCUGCUGUGAAGAAUGUCAUCUCCUAUGGCUGCUGCUCGGAGCCUUACCCGGACGUGACAUUCACUCUCCUUCUAAAGAGGAGGUCCUCUUUCUACAUCGUCAACCUCCUCAUCCCGUGCGUUCUCAUUUCAUUUCUGGCUCCCUUGAGCUUUUACCUGCCCGCAGCCUCUGGGGAAAAAGUAUCCUUAGGAGUAACAAUCCUCUUGGCCAUGACUGUUUUUCAACUUAUGGUGGCAGAGAUCAUGCCGGCCUCUGAAAAUGUCCCUCUCAUAGGUAAAUACUACAUAGCAACAAUGGCCUUAAUCACAGCUUCCACCGCCUUGACCAUAAUGGUGAUGAAUAUCCACUUCUGUGGGGCUGAGGCACGGCCAGUGCCACAGUGGGCCAGAGUGGUCAUCCUGAAGUACAUGUCCAGGAUCUUGUUUGUCUAUGACGUGGGUGAGAGCUGCCUUACCCCACGCCAUGACCGAGGGCGAGACCACUUCACAAAGGUUUAUGGUAAGCUCCCGGAACCCAGUGUGAAAACAGCCAGGAACAAAGACCUUUCCAGAAAGAAGGAAGUCAACACACUGUUAAAGAAUGACUUGGGGUUCCAGGGUGAGAUCCCGAAGGAUACUGACAAUUACUGUGCACGGUAUGACAUGCUAACAAAGAAUAUUGAGUACAUUGCCAAGUGCCUCAAAGACCACAAGGCCACCAACUCCCAGGGGAGUGAGUGGAAGAAGGUUGCAAAAGUGAUAGACCGAUUCUUCAUGUGGAUAUUUUUCAUUAUGGUGUUUGUGAUGACUAUUUUGAUAAUAGCAAAAGCAGAUUGA